AAUAUUUUGUCCAUUAGGCCUACGAUGAAUGAUUUACAGGAAGAGGAUUGUAAAUCUCCCAAUUUUUGUGAGAAACUGAGCAGCAGUCUUCUGCAGCUGUAUGAUGAACAGAAGUUUUGCGACUUCAGAGUUUCAGUCGAGAAAAGAGUAUUUAAGGUCCAUAAAGUUGUGAUGGCUAGUGUAAGUGAAUACUUUAGAGCCAUGCUGGAGCAUGACAUGCUUGAAAAUCAAAAGGGGCUUUUGGAGCUAAAAAGCCUCUCAGUCGCAGGUGUUGAACCUCUCAUCAAAUUCUCGUACUCUGGAACCAUGACUUUGAACCUUGGAAACAUUUACGAAGUGAUGAAUGCAGCAACUUUUCUUCAGAUCAUGCCAGCUGUUGAUUGUUGUGUCCAAUAUCUUAAAAACAAGCUAACUUUUGAAAAUGCGGAGGAAUUACUAAGGAUAGCAGAUCUGUAUUCAAUUCCUCAACUUAAAAGUUACUAUAGAAAGUACAUUUUAAGCAAUUUCCUGGAGUUUGGACUGACGGAUCAAUUUCUGCAUUUGGACAGUGAGACACUGGCGGACUAUCUCAGUGAUGAUGCUCUGAAUACAACCUCAGAAUGUAUAUUACUUCAUCUUGUUAUGAACUGGUACAAUCAUGAUCCAGAAAAUCGUAAAGAUUCUGCUUUUGAAGUGUUCGAAAAAAUCAGGUACGUGGUUGAUGGAUGGCCUGCUGUGCAGUAUGCUAUACACUGUGAACCAUUCAAGACGAUUCCAGCAUUAAAGGAUCUCAUCCAGUUUGCAGACUCUUACUUAGGGAAUUAUGAAAAGAGAUUUACAUUUGACAGCCAUAGGACCCGAAUGAGAGGCACUAAAAAAUCCCUGAUUCAGAUAGGAGGGGAAAUUAAAUUCUCGUAUGACUACCGGGAUGAUGCGUUAGACUUUCCGAUGUUGUUCAGAAAUGACAUACUUGGUUGGCAUAGGAACCAUUAUUAUGAUUUUGACCUGAAGAAAUGGCUUCCGCUUGGAGAUGCAGAGAUUCAGGCAAAACUCUCAUCACAUGCUGCUCUGACAGAAGUGAAUGGAAAUGCAAUAAUGUGUGGAGGCUAUACAUAUGGUGUGACGGAGACUGGACUCAUUUCAAAACAUGUGACAAAAAGAACCUGGUUAUUUACAGCAAGUGACUGUCGACUCAGGGAUAUGCCGUCCAUGAAACAUCCUCGAGUCAAGCAUGCAGCAGUCUUCCUGCAAGGAUGUGUCUAUGCCAUUGGUGGAUCUGAUGGCAUUCAGAAAUUGUGUUCUGUGGAGAAGCUGAGCUGUGGUGAAGAUGAUAAGAUGUCCUGGUCCUAUGUCCGAGGUUUAUCUGCUUCACUGGAUGCACAUGCUGCUGUUGUGUGUAAUAAGAAGAUAUACAUAUCUGGAGGAGAGAGAAGGCGGGGCCAUUUAACAAACACAGUGUGGUGUUACUGUCCUGUACUCAAUAGAUGGCACAAAAGGAAAUCAAUGCUGAAGGAGAGGAGUGGACAUGGAAUGGCCAACAUUAAUGACACGAUAUAUGUACUAGGUGGUAUCUCUGGUACAUAUGAGAUUCUGGAUACCAUUGAAACAUACAAUGUUGACACUGAUACUUGGACAAAGAUCUGUACCACUCUGCCAUUGCCUGUAUGUUUUGCUUCUACAGUUGUUAUGGAUGAUAAGAUUUUACUGGUUGGAGGUAAAGUGACUGCAGAGAUGGAGAGUGAGGAUGAUGGAGUUGAUAAUAUAGAGAUGUAUGACCCUAAAGAGGAUGUUUGGACAUCAGUGGGCACCUUAAUCAGGCCAUUAAAAUUCCAGUCUUGUUGUGCCUUGACAUUGAAACUGACCAGUAAGGGGGAAAUGGAAACUGAUGAAAUAUACGCUAAAUAUGCAAAGAUUGUGAAUGAAGAUCACCACUUUGAACUCAGCAAUGAGCUGGACAAGUUUUAUAAUACAAUACCAGAGGACUCUUAACCAGUAACUUCAAUAUAGUCUACAAGCCUUGUCUACUUGUCUUUUGGUGUCAAACUGAGGAUUGAUAUGAAAGAGUUAAUUUAGAUGUUGAUAAUCACUACAAAAUUGACUUAGAUGGCCUUGUCAAUUGGAAAAAUGUAUUGAUAUUGUUAUGAGCAAGAAGUGUAUAGAGAAUACAUGUACACUGAAUUUUUCCAUAAUACAUGUAUAUGUACUCUGAAAUUUUCUUUCUAAAGGUUAAUUUGAAACAUGCACAAAUUGUUUCAAAGCCUAUGGUUUAAAUGAUGUUUACUUAAGUAUUUGAUUUAUAAACUUACUUUUAGCUGUAUUUAAUUUUAAUAUUUUGAUUAUGUUUUAUAUCUUACAUAUAUACUAGGAGUAAGAGUAUCAAACAAUAAAUUCUGUAAUUAUCACUUUCCAGGCUGAGUCAUCUUUCUGUGUGUAAUUUAUUGAUAUGUGGGUGGAAAAUGCUUUUCAAAAUUUUUUCUUUUUUCACAUAAACUAAAGGUACUGUGUGCUUAGAAAGUUUUGGCAACUGAUUUUCAAUUUUAUUUUAUUAAA